CAGAGAUUUAAUGUAAAUGAACUGUUUUUAUAAUUGAAUUAUUAUAAAAGAUUUCAGUGCUCUAUUGGCAAAUUACUUUAAAGUGAUUUAAAGUAUUUUUUUAUAACAAGGUUUUCUUGGCUUAAUGCAGAGCACUGCUGCGUAUAGUUUAUGUUCUGAAUUAUUUGUAAUGAUCAUAAAUUAUAGAACAUGUACUUAUGUUGCAGGCUGAAAUUACGUUCUCCCUUGUUUCAGACAGAGAAGCUGAAUUGUGUAAAUGGACGUCCGAAUCAUUAGCCAAAACGGAACCUGGGAAAAGCCUUUUCUUUGUUAUGAGUUUAGUAACACGUCUUGUCAGAAGUUUGUCUAUCCUUUGGAAACUCGAAUAUUUCUCUACAUCCUUUUUAGUGUCUCUUCAGUUGUCACAACCAUAGGAAACCUGUUGGUGAUCAUAGCGGUCGUUCAUUUCAAGCAGCUUCACACACCAACUAACUACCUCAUCCUGUCGCUGGCCGUGGCCGAUCUGCUUGUAGGAGGAGUUGUGAUGCCUCCCAGCAUGCUGCGCUCCAUCGAGACGUGCUGGUAUCUGGGAGAUUUGUUCUGUAAAAUACACAGCAGUCUUGAUGUGACAUUGUGCACUACGUCAAUUUUAAACCUCUGUAUCAUUUCUUUAGACAGAUAUUAUGCCAUAUGUCACCCCUUUCAAUAUCACAGUAAAAUGACAUCACAGGCCACACUAGUUAUGAUUAUUAUCUGCUGGACUGUUUCAGCUGCUCUGGGGUUUGGCAUGAUCUUCAUGGAGCUGAAUAUUCUUGGCAUUGAAGAUUUUUACUAUGAGAACAUUAAAUGUGAUGGAAUAUGCACAUUGUUUCAGAGCAGAAAGUCAGCUACCAUAAUGUCAUUGACCUGUUUUUACGUUCCCGCAGUUGUCAUGCUCUGCAUAUAUAUGAAAAUCUUACAUGUGGCUAAAAGGCAGGUGCAGGCCAUUCAGAGCGUGAAUUCUGAAUUAAAAAAGGAGGGAAAAGCCACUAAGACUUUAGCCAUCAUCAUGGGGGUAUUUCUGACUUUCUGGAUACCUUUUUUCCUUUGUAAUGUUAUCGAUCCCUUCAUUGGGUACUCUGUACCUCCACUGCUGUUUGACAUGUUCUAUUGGAUUGGAUAUUAUAAUUCCAUGUGUAAUCCUAUAGUGUACGCCUUCUUUUACAGCUGGUUCAGACAUGCAUUCAGAAUCGUUCUAUCUAAAGCAAUAUUUCAGACAAAUUCUUCAAGAACAACCCUAAUGUAAUAAUGAAACAGAUUAUAUGCAAAUUUAUUUAUUGAUAUCUUCUUUUCUGAUUGGUAAGAAUUUGACCCUAAGAUACAAUUCUAUACAACUGUCCUUUUUUAUUAAUUUUUUUUUAAAAUAUAAAACAAUAUAAAUUCAACAUGGCUGUCAACAGUGGUAAAGCACUGAGUACUGUACACUAAGUAAUUUGCACUAAGCACUAAGUACACUAAGUAAUUUGCACUGGUUGCCAUUUGCCAAUCGCAUCAAAUUCAAGGCACUGAUGUUUGCCUAUACAGAACAACCAGUGGCUCUGCACUGCUAUACCUAAACUCACUACUUCAGACUUAUGUGCCCUCCUGAAGCUUGCGUUCUGCAAGUGGACGACAUCCUGUGGUGCCAUCCCAAAAAGGCACAAAAUCACUUUCACUGACAUUUACAUUGACUGUUCCAUGCUGGUGGAAUGACCAACAGAACUGACAAACUGAACUUUUAUUUUUUUUUUGUCUUAAGCUAUCUUGCUUUUUAUUGCUAUGCUGCUAGUUCUAUGUAUGUUUGGGAAUCUGUAUGUGUAUUUAUUUGUGAGUGGUUUAGUUGUUAUUUACUUGUGAGUGGCUUUAACCAGACCUCAGUACUUAAUUUCGUUCCAGCUCAUGUACCAUGUUUUGGAAUGACAAUAAAAAUCAUUGAACCAUGAACAUACCUAAGUGAAGCCGAGUUGCUGAGUCUUUAGCCAUUUUCAAGAAACGGCUGAAGAUGCAUCUUUUUCAUCAACACUUGACACAUUAAUACUAACACUUAGUAUUCUGUUUUGUAUAUAUAUUUAUUUUUUAUUGAACUGUGCGCGUAUACUGUGCUAGACUAAUGGGACUGGUCACAGCAUUUGUAUAUUGUUGGUUUGAUUGCUUCUGUUGUUCUCAUUUGUAUGUCGCUUUGGUUUGUCUGCUAAAUGAUUAAAUGUAAAUGU